UCUGAAGCAGUUCGUCGUUUGUCCACACGACGUCCUCAGUGUUUCUUUCUUAACCACAGACUACAAUAUACACAUCUUUAAUUAUGGCCAGUAACUCACAGUUUGGCAAAAGACUGCUCUUCACAUCGUCAAAUAUAUUACAUUUGGCCACUUCUUCACUGGAAAGCCUUGUGUAAAAAUGCCCGAGAGCUUGCAUUAAACAGAGAGAGAGAGCUAAAGAAUCCAAAAUGGCGCAAACUAGGGUUUAUCAAUCUAAUCCAGGUGUUGUUAAUUAGCGUUGAGGAUUUGACAGCAGGAACACUCGGGAAACGGCUGAACCAGGGCUUUCACAGGGGAGGGUCAGUGGGAGUGUUAAUGGAGCAUUACUCAAUAAAACAUGCAACAAGCUCAACAGUCAUCAGCACAAAGUUCAGUGACCAAGUUGUGCAAGAGAAGAGUGUAUGAUUUCAGACGGGUUAAGUGGAGUAAGGAGCAGCACUUCAGGAUCACAACGACCACUAUACGGAUUCUAUUCAAACACGGCUGAGUUGCUCUCAGAUGGAUUAUGCUAUGAAUACCCUCAGCCUUCUGACUCCAUCUACCCUCACCAAGUGUGUGACAGCCAGCGUCUCAGCCAGUGCUUCCAUGACCCAGCAGCUCCUGUCGGGUCGAGUUCCUCGGCCGAAGCCCUUCAGGGUCACAAAUGCCGACCGCAGUGUAAAGAAGGGCAUCAUGGCGGAAACGCUAGAAGACCUGAUGAACAAGGUCGGUGACUCGUUGAGUGUACUGUGUAUCAUGGCCCUGGUGCUGGAUGAAGAUGGCACAGGAGUGGACACAGAGGAGUUCUUUGAGACGCUGCCUGAAAACGCUGUCCUCAUGGUGCUGGAGAAGGGCCAGAGCUGGACCCCACAUCUGAACUACAGAGAUCAGCUCAUUGAGUGCAGGCAUCUGCACCGGAAAGAUGUGGCCAAGCUGACUUUUGACCUAUACAAAAACAACCCGAAAGAUUUCAUUGGCUGUCUGAAUGUGAAAGCAACCCUGUAUGGUGUUUAUUCUGUGUCCUAUGACCUGCGCUGUUAUGCUGCCAAAAGCAUGCUGAAGGAGGCUCUGCGAUGGACCAUCUUCUCCAUGCAAGCCACAGGCCACAUCCUGCUGGGUUCCUCCUGCUACAUCGAGCAGCUGCUGGAGGACGAUGAGCGAGCAGAGAAGGGCCUGGCGCUGCCACAGGAAGGCAGGAUCAGGCAGCUGCAGAGCAUGCUGCUUGGAAAGAUAUCCCACUGAUGAUGGACUAGAGCUGACGAUGGUGGAGCAAAUACAUUGUCCACUCCUAGAUUUAGGACACAAUGUAAAUAGUCACAGAUGACACUGGGAGUUUCUACAUGUUCAUGUCACAGUUUCCUGUGCAGUUUGCGAACAUUUCAGACAUUGCAACUAUCUCACAGUCACUUUGUUACACGCUGUUGCCCUAUUUUGAAGCUGAUGCCACAAGUUAUUCUUCAGAAAGCCCUUUUACUCACUAUUGUAACUUUUUCCUAUGGAGAUGAAUAAAUAAAACUUUUUUUUUUUUUUU